UUAACAACGAAGAGCUUCAGGUUCGAAAUUGAUGCGGCUGGACGAAGGUACGCAACAAUGAGCCAUGAUGAAAUGUCAAAGAAUCAUCCUGGAGGAUUGAACGAUGUAGAGAGCACAGAAAAAGAAGCAAGAAUGUAUGAAACACAAGAUCAAGGAGACGGCUACAAAGCGCUGAAACUAUACCUGCAGAAAGUCAAUCCAAAUUGCACUGCCUUUUUCCAGUAUCCGAAGAAAAACUGUGCAGCCGAAGAUGCAGUUUGGUACGAAGCACGACCGCUUGGAAUACACAGCCUCACUAAAAUGAUGAAAAAUAUCAGCGAAGAAGCGAAUUUAUCCAAAGUUUACACAAAUCAUUGUGUAAGAGCUACUGCCAUCACUCUCUGGUCCAACGCUGGGAUUUCUAACCGCCACAUCAUGGCCAUUUCAGGACACCGCAGUGAACAGUCUCUGGUGAGCUACAACUCUCGUCCAUCGACAUCACAACUGCACAACUGCAGUCAAGUCUUGUCGAGAGCCUUUUCUUCCUCCACUAACAACCACAGCAAGUCAUCAGAAGUUUCUAAGCAAUCCAUGUCGUUCCAGACCAAACAAGUGGCAACGAAAUCGCUUUUCGGCGACUGCAGUAUUCAAAACUUGCAAAUUGUUUUCAACAAUUCUUCCUCCGAAAUUGAGUCAAUUUUUAAAUGACAUUUGAGGACAGUUUUUCACUUUCGUCAGAAACUUCGCUCGUGAUUGAGCAAUUGCAACGAUUAGCUGUAGAUACAAAGCUCAGAAAGAGCUUUUUUUCAUGAAUUUCAGUAAACAUGAUCACAUUUGUCUUCGAUUGACUUGACGAGCAUACCCGUGCAAUGCCUAGUUUUCGCGCUCUUGUUUUGUUUGGUCAUGUAAGACUACACGAACAUUUUUGGUUCAAUAAAAGGGAAAUUCUAUGGCUACAAUGUAUCGAUGUUAUGUUAUAAAACAAAUGGUAAACA